CCUGCCACGUCGCCGCCGCCAAGCACCACCACGUCACCACACUCGCCAGGCCCAUAGUCGGACUAUUCGUAACCACUCUGCCUGGCUGCCAUGUUCGGCGGGCGCGGUCAGUCUCCUCCCACUCCCACUCACAGACUGAAUCCUCCUCCUCACUAGACUGCUGGGCGAGUCACGGCCUCAGUCUGUGGUCUGUGAAGAUCGCGCGCGUGUGUUUGUAUCACAUUAUCGUCGAAGUAAAAGACAGUUUUGUGUCAAGUUUUUGCUUUUAUUCUCUUAACAAUUUGGAGUAAUAUUUCAGCAGAUAUCUUAAUCGCUUUAAGGAAUGCAACUCCAUUACAAAAUGAUAAUCAAUUAUCCAUAAUUCUCCCAUCCUGUUACUUACAGUUCGUGACAGUCACCAAAAGAGGAUAAAGGAAAGAAAGAAAAAACGAAAAAGAAAAAAAUAAACAUAACCCACGAGUAACCGAGGCAGUGUGUCAUGUGUUCCGCGUGAGCCAGCGUAGCGGUCAGGUUCGCGAGUCAAGAGGCGAGAGAGUAACGGUAACUUCCGCGUCGUAAAGUGGGGGUGGAGAGAGAGAAGGGGGUGGGGGGUGCGAGGGCGGCGCAGAGAAACGUUUGCGUGACAUGUGAUAAUAGUAGUAGGGCCGGGAAGGGCUCCUCGCUAGUCGACGUCGAGUUCGCCAAAAUCUUGAUUCCUGAGGAUGUGGUGGUGCGUGGCGAUUCUCCUGGCCGCUUCGGAGCCUCCUCAUGCCCACGCCCAUAUGGUGCUCAGCUACGAGCACCUUGAGCCAGACGUCCUCCCGUGGGCGGAGGUUGGUACUGGCCAUCGCCUCGACCCUCAGGUGGCCCAGGUUCGACUCGCGAUGUUCGUUGUGGAAACGGCCAGGGACCUCGCCGCCCAACGAAACGACUCCGCCCCCCGCAGACAGCCUCGGAGUCAUCCUCGAACCCAGACACCUGACCUGGCAGCAAAGGUGAAGGGCGAAGUGUACAAGAAGGUCCUCCAGCAAACUCUCGCUCACACUCGGAGGAACUACAAGCAACUCGUAUCUUCUGCCGCGUCGUCUUUCGUGAAGGAGGCGAUGCUGCGGGAGUGGCUCGGAUUCGUCACGGAAUCCGACAUAGUCCUUCGUGUCCUUUACAGUCUGAAGGACGAAGAGCAGUCAUCUCUGCAGAAUGAGAAGCGAAAAAUGAAGACGAGAAAUUCCCAUGAAAGCGAGUCAUAUUACAAGCGAGAGAAGCUGGAGGAUAAACCUGUUUUGACUCAUUCCAACACAAGAAGGAAGACUUCAGGUCAGGAUUUAAUAUCCUUGUUGAUGGGGACGUUGUUGGAGAUCUCAGGUUCCUCCAACAGUUCGACAAGUAACAGAUCCCGGCGCAGUGACCAAGGCCUCAUGUACCUUCCGAUCGGAGGAACCACGAAGGUGCAGUGUCCCACCGCCGCCGAUGCGGCUGGCGUCUCCAUCGCCCAGAUGGCUUUCCUCUCCAUAUGCCUGACAGUCUUCAACGUCAUUGUCAAUAUAAACAAUAAUAUCAACAACAACAAUAACAACAACAACAUCAACUCUGACAAUAACCUGAGCAACAACAACGCCGAGCUCUCACUCAACGUCAACAACGCCGGCCAGGUCAAUGUCAUGCUGCCGCCGCCCAUCCCUGGCAGGAAGAGGCGUGCGGUGCCAUUCAGAGCAAAAUGGCAAGACGAAGUCAAAGCCAGUGGUCUCGAUAUCUCUCGGUGGGCGGAGAGUGAGACCAGUCAGCAAGCGUUAGAACACAUCCUCCUAGAUAUCGACAAGAAGCAAGGGGUCGAGACGAGUACUUUGGCAGAUGGAGGCGAAGCUUUAGUAAAAGAAUGGAAUCGUAAGAGCGAGUCAAAGAUGGUUCGAAAUGAGCUUUGUACCGCAAAAGCCACAGCGAAUCGCAAGGAAGCAGCGAUCGCGGAUAAUGUCCAAGGAAGUGCAGAGCCAACAGCUAACAGCAACUCAGCCGACGCCAGGACACGCCCUGCCUUCGAUGCAGUGACAGAGCCCAGCGUAGGUGAGGACUUCCGCCUCCCCACGCCCGUUCCCGGAGCGCUAAGAAGUGGGGACAGGAGUUCUGAAGCCCACACAUCCUCUCGGGCUUGCGAGAAGGGCGGACGGAAGGGCGUGGCUUCAGGGUUCCUUCGGGCGGUGAGGGAGUGGGCGUUGGAGGCGCCUCUUCUUCCGCUGCAGUGUCGUGGACUCCUCUGGUGCCGCGGCCUGAAGGAGGCGUCGACGAAGAAUGUCUGGCUUCACGUCUUGGCGAGCUUCGCCGCGCACCAGCGAACGCGUGACAGACAGGCCUUGACGCUCCGGCAGUUUACGGCUGCUGCUCUCGCCGACAACACCUGCGAACAGCUGUUUCCCACCUGCAAGCAAACAGCUGUUCCCUGACAGGAAUGGAACAUGUUUUUGCCUCGUUAAUUUUACUUUGCGGGAAGGGUUUGCGGUGUGUGGAGGUCUAUUCUGGGUGUUGCGUGUCGAGUAUAAUAAAAAUGUAUUGAUGGGU